AUGAUGAUGUCAGACAUUGCUAAAGACAGAACCGCUCAUUUGCUGAAGAAGAGGGGCAGUGUGUCUUCUCUAAGUAGUCAUGAGUUCCGGCGGAAGGAACCUCAUGGGCGUGCCAAAGACUCUAUGAGUACAGUGUCUUAUAUGGAUGAACCUUGCCAGUCUGAAGAUGCCUCUCGCCUCACAGUUCACAUGGAAAACACUUACCAACUGGGUCCUACCAAAUAUUUUCCUGUGGUCAUUGUCAAUCAUAUUCUGAAAGAUGUGUUAACUACCUACCUACAAGAAGAACAGUAUGAACCGGAACUCUGUAGACAGAUGACUAAAACAAUUUCUGAGGUUAUUAAAGCCCAGGUAAAGGACUUGAUGAUCCCACGAUAUAAGCUAAUUGUGAUCGUCUACAUUGGACAACUGACAGGCCAGAGCAUACUGAUUGGAAGCAGAUGCCUUUGGGAUCCUAAAAAUGAUGCCUUUGCAUCUUUCAUUUUCAGAAAUUCUUCUCUCUUUGCUCUUGCAAAUGUCUACACAGUUUACUUUGAAUGA